AUGUCAGUAUCGCACGGGAAGAGAUCGGUUUUGUCGGCUUUCAAGCUGGUCAAAGCGCCAAUUUAUUCGCAUUGCUACUCCAGCGACAAGUCGCUAUUGGCAAUCACCUGUGACACCAAUUGUUUCGUCUACAAACUAGGAGGAGAUGGAUCGUCACCCAAAUUAGUUGCUACGCUGCCAGAUCAUGAUAAAACAGUUACGGCAGUGGAUAUAUCUGUUCAUGGACGUAUCGUUACGUGCUCUCAGGAUCGUAAUGCUUACGUUUGGGAACCUUUGAGUGAUGGCUCGUACAAGCCUACCUUGGUAUUGCUACGUAUCAACAGGGCAGCCACGUCUGUGUGCUGGGCUCCGAAUGGGUACAAAUUUGCAGUGGGCUCCAGUGCUCGCAUCAUCGCUGUAUGCUACUACGAGCAGGAGAACAACUGGUGGGUUUCCAAGCACAUCAAAAAGCCUAUCAGAUCUACGAUCAACUGCCUAUGUUGGCAUGCGAACGGUAUCCUAUUGGGGUCCGGAGGAACUGACGGAUACGUGAGAGUGUUUUCUGGGUUUAUAAAGGGUCUAGAUUCGAAGGAUAUCAUGAACGGGUCGCCCUGGGGUGAAAAGUUCCCAUUUGGAAGCCUCGUAAAGGAGUGGUACCAAGGCUCCUACAUUCACGAUGUACAGUGGAGAAGUGGCGCAGAAAAGAUCGCCUACGUUUCGCACGACGGGCUACUAAACGUCGCUGACUCCGUUGGCCAAGUGGAAACAGCGCAAGCACCGGAAGGCUUGCCGUUCCGUUCCUUGCUGUGGAUUAACGACCACGAAGUGCUAUGUGGUGGCUAUUCCUGCCACCCGGUCAUGUUCACAGAGAGCUCGGACGGCUGGAAGUUCUCCAAGAACCUCGAUAAACCCAGCAGGAGCUCUCAGGCUCCAACAUCGCCGGUUGACAGCGGCGAGGAUGGCGAUGAACAGCCGUCUUUCGGCAUGUCCGCGCUAAGAAAGUUCAAAGAGCUUGACCUGAAGGGCAAAGUCAGCAGCGAUGAGCAGGAGAGUGCGCACGACAACACCAUUGUCCAGCUAAGAGUCUACGCCGAAUCCGGCGGCCAAGUCACCCAGGUAUCCUCCUGCGGCUUAGACGGUAAAAUAGUGCUAUACGCCGUGUAA